AUGACUCGGACAUCGUUCUGGAUAGGCACGCUCGCCCAUUGCGGGCUCGUGCUCCCUCUUGGACGAGCGAAGACGCUCUAUGAAUAUAGUGCGGGCGAAUUAUCUGUUGCGGCUCAUCGAGCUGUUCUCGUCGAACGCAACCUCAGCUCGGAUUGUCCCAAGCUUCGGUCCUCAGCAUAUUUCCCAUGGCCAAUGGCACUCUCCGAGGGUGUGCGGGAAACAGAGUACAGCAGUCAGGAAUCAUCUGUAGAUGCGAUAUCAAUGCAUCUCGUUGACGACCCCGGGAACUGGAUGGUGAAUGUGUCCACCAACAAUAUUGUGCGAAUCCUCCAUCUUCGCACUGGCAAGAUUGCCCUGAUCUGGGAUGGAGCCAGAUAUACCCCAGAACAACGGAAUUAUAGAGACGUUCGCGUCACUUGGGCCGUCGAGUUCAAGGAGGGCGAGGGUCAACAGAAUCAAGCCACCAUGAUCAUGAAUUGCUUUGUUAGAGACAAAGACGGCGAGCAUCCUGGGUUUUGUCUGUUUGACAUCAACUUCGAUCCAGAACAAAGUCUGGCGACUAUUGAGCUACUAGGAGAACAGAUCACCCCUACGAUGGCCAGCCAUCUCAACCUUGCGGGUUCAUUCAUUGUCAUGGUCUUUCCACGCAUCGAUUCUCGGUCAGACAAACUUGGAGACAUUGCCAUGCUGCACUGGCCAGAUAAGAAAAUGAUUGUACUCCCAGAGCUUUAUCCUUCCCUGAGGAUUGGAUUAUACGAGGAGUACUUUAUCAACGUCGGGCUUACCAAACGCGAACAAGUAGUGGCACAAAUCGUACCCUAUCCUUAUCGAGAAGUGGCUGGAUUCCCCGAUAUUCGAAAGACAGAAGGCCGUAUAACCGCUAUUCCCGAACUACCAGAAUUACCCCUCCCCGUAUUCACCUAUCAGAUUCCAUACCCAGGGCCGCGUGAUGAGGUUCAGCUUCGACUUUUUCCAACUCCAAGCAUCUCUCAAGCAGAUGUAUCGAGACAAGGUGGCCAUCAAGUGGAAUUUGAUGGAGAACCAGAGGCAUAUCGAUUGCUCGAAGAGUCCAAGCUGAAGCACCUCGCCGUUCCGACAUCCUCUGGGAGGAGAUUUCUAUGGUGGAGACCGUGGCCAUAUGGCGAGACAAUUUCGCCUGAACAUCUGCCCCCAUUCAUCGUAGAUUCGCCUCUGCCUGCGCACCUUUUAGAGGAACCACUGGAGGUGCGAUUCCGCUUAUUCACGCUCGUUGUCGAAAACCUCGCACCUAUCGCACAGAUACGUGCAGAGGCUACACGUCCGUUCCGAGACCUCUUAAAGAUCAAUGGCACUCAUCCCCCCGAGUCGGCAGCCGCCAUCCAGCUUCAGGCGUCAAAGUUGAUGGAGAUCCCGAAGAGUUUGGCGUGUCGCACGAGCGAGGUUUACCUCUUCCUCCUGUCAGAUUGGAGCGGCACGGCGCUUGUCCAGCUCCGCUCAGGAGAGUUGUGGGUUCUAAGAUAUGGGAAAGCCUAG